UCAAGGUCAAUCUACUAAUUUCUAUUGGAGAUUUUUAACUAGAUCUCGCAGUCGUCAUGGAUAUAGCUCAGUUGCUACCUGCCCCCUGCAGGUAUUGACAGCUGAUGGCAGCAUAAUGACACCAACCGCCGAGGAAGACCGUGAGAUGUGGCUGAAAGCUUAAAAAAUGUUUCUAAAAAAAUCAGUAAAUGCACCUCGAUUUAAGAUUACUAUUAUUUUUAACCUGGUGAAUUUAAAGCGGCUAAAUUGCACUUAUGUUAAAUUUCAGUUAAUAAGGUCCCAUAUGGUUUUAUAUAAUCUCUCUCUCCACUCCAGCAGAGACUGGUUGUGUAAUGUUUACACCUCAUAUCUUUACUGAAUGGUAAUAGAGCACUGGAAGAUAAAAUAAAAAUAACUCUAGUAUAAAUAAAAUUAAAAUAUAUUAGAAAAUAAUUCAUAUUUCUCUCUUUCUGUCUUGACCAAUCACACGCAUGCACUCACGCACCCGCGUGUCCCUAAAUGCCAUGGAAACGGACCCGACCAAGGUUACUUAAGGCCGAUCAGAACGUUCUGAUCCUCACUCUGCACUUGGACCUGAACAUGAGCGGAUCACCUCUUGAGCUGAACACCUCUUGGACAUCCAUGCCGUGGAGAGCCGAGUCUUUGAGUUUUUAACUUCUGGAGAAAAGCUACUCGAUACGAAUCUUUUGUAGAACUGAACUACUGGAUCACUACUAUCGUGGACAACAGGAGAGCCGGAAAAAGGCCCUCGGUUGUCUGCCGAUCGAGGAGGACCACCUGCUGAGGAGAGCGGGCUGUGAGUUGGACGAUAAGCUUGCAGCUGGUGUGAACUACAUCAUGGAACGUCCUGCACAAGAGGGCUGCAGGGUCGUCCCGUACUCUUCUGACGACGGAGCAGGUGUAGUAUGUGUUGAAUAUGUUUAUUAUGUAAAGGGUGAGUAUGAGGUCAGGCUUGACGUUUUGGUCCUAGCUAACCAGGAGGAGGAAGAGGACGAGGAGGAAGACGUCGUGUCCGACUGGGAGGCCUUAGAUUCCGGGUAUGACUCCAUGUUCGAGGAUACAGAGGAUAAAGAGGAAGAGGAGGAGGAAGAAGAAGAGGGGGAAGAGGAAGAAGAAGAAGAAGAGGAAGAAGAGGAAGAGGAAGAUGAAGAUGACCCUCUCACCCAGCAGUUACCACCUAGGAGUUUCUGGGAGGGGUUCUACCGAGUGCUGACUCCUCCUCCCUUUCCCGCUGGCCAUCCUCUCUCCCUCCCUUUUGGUGUGGAACGUUCUGAAGAGGCUCCGCCCCUGGUCCCCCAGAGGUUAGAAGAGAAUGUCAGAAACUGGAUUAUAUAUUUGGAUCUGACUCCUUUGAAGUUAGACCCACAGGACCACAGAAUUUGAGACACAAAACAAUCUGUCCAGUCAGUGUUUUCUCCUCAGAAUUAAAUAUGGCAUCUCAGACAUCACCAGUUGUUUGCGUAAUGCAAAAUGCGACCAGACGCAGUACAUCCUGGUAUUUGUGGCAAACUGUAUUUGAUAUACAAUGUAUUAGGACAUACUAGAUAUUUUUCUGGCAUAUUAAUAGAAUGGAAGUAUGGCUAUUGGAACACACAUACAUAAACCUUCACUAAACCACUGAACUGAUCAGUGUUUAGUAAAAGAAUGCAACACAAAUGAGCUUUUAUGUUGGUGGUUUGGGAGUUGAUCAACAAAUCCACUAAAAGAGGAGAUGUUAGUUUCCACAACUCUGCACUACUACAUGCAUGUGAGAUAAAAUAAACCCAAGUAAGUGUGCAACAAAGUAAAGCACAUGAUGACCCUCAAAAUGCUGUGUGAUAAAUUACAGCGAACAUAACAUCAAUCAAAUCUACAAUAGUAGCCAGUUUGGCUCUGUGUUCAAUAGAUCGUUCUGUUAUGAGACACUUUGCCCAACAACACAUGUACCCAUUUGAAAACAUGACAACAAUUGUACUGUAUGACUGAGAAUCACAAAUUUUUAUUACACCUUCAAAUUGAACAAUGGCGCACCUGCUACCAUGCCAAUGUCAUGAGAAAUGGGGAUUUCCUGGCUGCAGGUGAUACAACAAGGACGCUUACUGGUGCAUGCUGCUCUCUGGUGGACUAGUACAUACUGUAUAACCGCUUUACUCAAGAACGGUAAUUUCAUGGGAGUUAUUUUUAUGUAAUUCAAUCUAAGUCAUACACAAUUUAACUAGUGAUUAUGAACUGUUGUUGAGAGGCAAGUGAAGGUUCUGAGUUUUAGGUGAUAUGUCUCGGCUUCAGGGCUGGUGUUAACAUUGAAAAUGGGGUCAAGGAGAGGGAUAUUUUCUUAAAGACUGACAAACCUACGCUCCGUCUCUUUCUGGGCAGGCUGAAAUGGGGGAAACACACACUGCAAUGAAGAAGAUGUAGGUCUAAGAGUAUUAUUGUAAAUUUGUCCUGUGUUUAAAACAGGCAAAAGCUGUAGCUGGUUUCAUUGAUAAAAACCUCCAUAUUUCGUGGCUUUUAGUGAUACAUAGAUUCCACUCCAUUAAAAUUGCUGUCCAGGCUCAAUAAAAGAUAUGAGAGUUCUGAGAGAUGCCAGGUGAUUGGUUGAUGACCUUGAUUGCUGAUUGACAGCACCUGUGUGGAGGCUGUGUGUUGAGUCUUGUGAUGUAUAAAACAGCAUCUUGACUGUUGUUCUCCAGGGGUCUUCAACAUUUUUCAGGCCAAGGAC